AUGCCGGCUGCAACUGAUGGGGCGGGCUUAGCCUCGCUACAAACUCUGCAGGACAACCUUGGUGACAUUGGAGAUAAAGUCGGUGCCGAACAAAAUGACUUAGCCUUCCUUCAACAAUUUCUUGAGAGUCCUCUACUGGAGUCACUAGUACAGGCCCAAGAACGCCUGGAACAAGACCCUGUGGACGAGCCGAGUGACGAAUCAGGCAGUAGGAUGGUGGCUGACUGUAUCAAUGAGAUUGCCAGUUUAGGAACUGAUUCUGAAGCUGAAGAGCUGGAGAAAAUUCUCUCAUCACCGCAUUUUAUAGCCAUGAUGGCUGCGUAUGACGAUGUUGCAGACAAGAAUUAUGAAGAGGAAGUUAACGACGUCACACAGUUGAGUGCUCCUCCACCUCCCAUGGUUUUCAACAACGUGGCUGACCAAGUCCGCCUCGUUGGGAUUCGUAAGGACAAAAAUGCUCCCUUGGGAAUCACGGUGAAGAUUGAUGAACACAGUGACCUUGUCAUUGCACGAAUCAUGUCUGGAAGCAUGAUAGACAAGCAAGGUUUACUACAUGUAGGAGACAUCAUAAAAGAAGUGAAUGGUCUCCAGGUGUUCUCUCCGGAGCAGCUGAUGGAGAUUAUCCGGUUCACAGAAGGAUCCAUAACAUUAAAAAUUGUCCCAACUGUGGUAGAUCCACAGAUUAAAUCACAGAAAUACAUGCGUGCACACUUCAACUAUGACCCCAAGAAAGACCGACUCAUUCCCUGUGCUGAUGCUGGCCUCUCAUUUAAUGAUGGUGACGUCUUACAAAUCCUCAGUUCAGAAGACCCGAACUGGUGGCAGGCGAGGGUUGUGACCAAAGACGAGGAUGGACAAACAGGUUUGAUUCCCUCACAGUCCCUGGAGGAGAAGAGAAAAGCCUUCGUACAGCCUGACUAUGACUAUUCAAAAUCUAGUUUAUUAUGUGGUUUAAAAAGACGGAAGAAGAAAAAGAUCAAAUAUGCUACAAAAAAUACCACAGAUUUUGACAGAUGUGACUUGACGAUCUAUGAAGAGGUAGCACGGAUGCCACCUUUCGAGAGGAAAACACUAGUUAUUGUUGGAGCAAAUGGUGUAGGGCGUAGGUCACUCAAGGAAAGACUCCUUAAGGAUGAUCCACGCAGAUUUGGAGCGGUAAUGCCACAUACCUGUCGGGAUAUGAGAGAAGGUGAGGUGAACGGGAAAGGAUAUUUCUUCACAGACCGUGAGACGAUGGAGGAUGAUAUUAAAGCAGGUCUGUACUUGGAGUACGGGGAAUACAACGGCAACUUGUACGGAACAAAGAUCGACUCGAUCAACCAUGUUACUAAUGCAGGGAAAAUGUGUGUACUUGAUGUCAAUCCCACGUCCCUGAAGAUUCUAAAGACAGCUGAGUUCAUGCCAUUUGUUGUGUUUAUCGCGGCACCCAGUGCGGAAGCUCUGAAGCGCAUGUAUGAUUAUGGGCGACAGAAAGGCAUUGUCGUAAGAAGAGGGAAAUCAGGUCCUGGGAAAGUUGAUUUAAAAACUGACGAUGAUUAUCGUAAGGCCGUGGAAGAGAGCGCCCAAAUUGAACGCGUUUAUAAAGGCUUGUUUGAUAUGACCAUUGUCAACGACAGUUUUGAGGAUGCAUAUAAACAACUUCGAAUGGCACUCAAUGACCUUGGCACGGAAUCACAGUGGGUCCCUAUUAACUGGGUUUACUGAGAUGUCACAAGUGUCAAAGGUCACCAAGGUCAACACAGGGUCAGGGAAAAGCCAACAGACAGUUGAAGGUGAACAUUUAUUUUUUGGAUUGGAGCUCAGCAGCAGAAAGACAACAAUUGUUUUUAGACUUUCAAAAGUUCUCCACCACUUUGCAAAUGUUACCAGAAGAUUUGUCCUGACCUUGACCUUCACAAGAUCACUACACCAUACAAGCCAAUCACCACAUGUUUGCCUUAAUCACUUCAGACAGAAUGUUUGUAGCUCGACCAUAAUUGGUCGGGGCCUAAAAUGACACUGCAUUCUGUCAAACUGUGUUUCUAUGAAAUAUGCAUUUAAACAAUUUAUUUUUAUUUCAUCAGUGUUUUAAGG